GCUGCGUAUAUUUAUUCCGCCCUUUUUUUACGGCUGCCGUCAUCGUUGCCCAUUCUCUUCUCUCCGUGCCUUUCUUCGUGGCCGUUCAACGCAGCACAUCGCACUCUCUCAUUUCUAAGAAAAGUUUCACGUUGCUAGAAGGGCAAUGUCUCACAUCGCACAUCGCAUUAUAACACCAGCGGUACGGCGCGCCAAGUACUCAGGAUACGUCCUCAGCAGUGGCGUGAGAUGCGUUAUUGUGCAGGACCCCAACGCCAUCAUGCCGGCCGCUGCCAUAAGCAUCCACGCUGGUCAACUGAACGAUCCAAAAGAGCUGCCAGGGCUGGCACACUUCUGCGAGCACAUGCUGUUCAUGGGCACAGAGAAGUUUCCAGCGGAGGAUGAAUUCGACAGUUUCGUCACCAAGUCCAGCGGGCACGCAAAUGCCUUCACGGCGGACACCAACACGGUCUACUACUUUCGCGUCAGCGACGGUGGUCUGGAGGGUGCGCUGGAGCGUUUCGUUGAGUUCUUCGCCGCACCGAGCUUCAACCCGAGCGCGGUGUCGCGAGAGGUGAACGCGGUGCACAGCGAGGAUGAGAUGAACCACCACAACGACUACUGGCGCCUGGACGAGGUCAUCCGCGGCUUCUACAGCCCCAAGCACCCGCGGAGUCGCUACGGCAACGGCAACCACACCACGCUGCGUGACGAGCCGCAGGAGAAGGGUCUCGACGUGCGGCAGGCCCUCAAGGCCUUCCACGAUCGGUAUUACCUGGCGGAAGGGGCAACCAUUGUGGUGGUGAGCACGCGGUCCCCCGAGGAGGUGCUGAGGCUCAUCGAAGGGCCGUUGAACCGCAUGAAGUGCGGCGCCGUCCCGCCCUUCUCUUUCCUCGGCGCAGAGGAGAAGCUCUUCAGCAACGCCGCACUUGGUUCGUGGACCAACCUGCGGACGGUGCGCAAGAUGCGCGAGCUGCGGCUAAUGUGGACGGUGCGGUCGCCGUCGUCGAAGUGGCGUUCCACUCCAUCCGCCUAUGUCUCCCACCUGCUGGGGCACGAGUGUGACACCUCCGUGCUCGGGGUGCUGAAGAAGCGCAAUUGGGCUACCAGCAUGGUCGCCGGCCCGCACCGCGUCGACGACGACUUUGAGCUCCUGGACGUCUCCUUCACGCUCACCCUGAGCGGCUUCCAGCACACGCUAGAGGUGGUGGACCUCCUCUACCACGGAAUCGGCCAGGCCAUCGCGGAGGGCGUGAAUGAGGAGGUCUACACGCAGAUGAAGGCGGAGGAGCGACUGUUCUUCGAGAGCAGCGAUGUCGGUGCGGCGGAGGACCACUGCGCCACCCUUGCCGAGAACGCCAACGCCACCGACCUCGAGCACUGCUGGAUCGGCGGCGAUGUUAUUCUAGAGGACGACUUGGAGGCGACUCUGGCCUACGCCCGCCAGCUGACGCCGAACAAUUGCGCUGUGGUGCUUCAGUGGGGCGAGAUGCCGGGCGAUGCCGACACAAAGACAGAGGAGGCGGGAGCACAAGAGGACAGCUCCACUGCGGAUUCGCUGGACGAAGAAGAGGACGGCAGCGUGGAAGAAGGAGAGGAAGACGACGACGAAGGACAGGACGAAGAGGACGUGGACGGCGGCGAGUUCUCCGUCGAGGAGCUCUUUGCCUCCCUCCCCGCCUUCGCGCAGGUGCGGGCCACGAAAGAGACGCGCUUCCACAAGGCGAAGUACAACACGGUGGCGAUUCCGGCGGAGCAGCUGGCACAGUGGCGUGCCGCCAUCGACGGCCCGUACCCGCCUGAGCUCGCGCUGCCGGCGGUGAACCCCUUCAUCUCGACGGACUUCACCGUCUACCCCACCUCGGGGGCGGCUCCGGAAGUAGAGGAGGUGACCUCGUUGCACGCGAAAACGUACAUUCGCAAGGACACCGGCCGCCACAGCACCUUCAAGACGGCGUUGCGCUGCAACGUGCUGUCUCCCGUGGCGUACACCAGCCCGCUGAACCGACUCUACACGCGGGUGAUGCACGGCAUCUUCUCUAACGCGAUCACGGAGACCGCCUACUACGCUACAUUGGCUUCUCUGGGGAAUGAGGUCAUUUUUUCUUCCACAGGAUUGGGUCUCGCGGUGGAGGGGCCCUCGCAGAAGCUCUACGAGUUUUUCUUCGCUGUGCUGCGGCAGUUGCUCUCCGCAGAGGUGCUGCAUGGAACCCCGGAAAGCUUUGCCACCUACCUGGAGGCCGGUCUGCGCAGCAUCAAGAAUGUGGCUGUGGCAGCGCCGUACAAGGUGGCCAUGCAGGUGAGGCAAAAGGCGAUGCACCGGGUGAACUAUUUGUUUACCGAGAUGCUCGCCUGCGCACCGGAGGCGAAUUAUGACGGUUACCGUGCGUUUGUGCAGCAGUACCUCGAGAGUGGACUUCUGCUGGAGUGCUUCGUGGCGGGCAACGUGGCCUCUGCGGAGGAGGUGCGCAAGGUGUUCGUGAACCCCCUCGAGACGUUGUUGAGCGAACUGAAUAUAUCUGUUGCCGCCAAGGAGCGCCUCCCACGUGAGCGUGACACCUACGGACCACGGCGCUUGAUUGGCGGCGCCGAAGAGGAGGUCGUGUCGCGCUUCGACGUGCUCUCGAUGCCUCCGUUCAACGCGGCUGACGCCAACGUGGUCGUGAUGGCGGACAUCCCCGUUGGCGAGUCCACUCCGCAGGUGGCUGCGGUGAGUAUGGCCGCCGUGAAACUCAUUUCUUCCCUCUUCUUCAACGCCCUCCGCACUCGCGAAACGCUCGGCUACGUCGUCUUCUCGCAACUGAGCAGGACCUACGCCACUGAGCACGUGGUAUUCUCCGUUCAGAGCGCGCUGCCAGAUGUGGACUGCAUCUACCUGCUCUCGCGCAUCGUCGCCUUCUUGGCCGCCGUCGAGUCCCAGCUGGACGUCGUGUGCGCGGAGAAGGACCUGCAGACGGUGAAGGCGGGCCUCAUUGCGUCGCUGGAGAAGAUGCCCGACUCCGUCGAAAACGACGCUCUGGAGCUGCAAAGCGCGUACCUCAACCCCUGCCAGUUUGAGCGGCGCCGGUUGAUCAUCGCUGCUCUUCAGACGACUACGGUCGAUGACGUAAAGGGGUUCUUCCGGCGGUAUAUCUUGAACAGCCGCACCGACUCGCGUGCGAUGGUCUUCUGCAUCAACAGCACGCGCACGGCGGCCGCCGACGUCCUUGCUGCACCGGGGACGCGCCGUUUGAACCUUCCUGCGAUGCGCGCCAACGACGAGUCGACCGAAGCGCCGGCCGCAGCUGCUGAAGAGGAAGUGACUAUCACGCUGCCCACGUUUGAGGACGGGAGGACAUGUGUUGAGGUCACUUGCUUCGCAUCGGCCACAGAGUAUCAACAGGGUCUGCCGAUUGUGAAGUCCACCACCUACUAG